AGAGUAUUUAUUUUUAUUUUCAAAAUUUAACAUAGUACACGGUCCUUCGCGACGAAGAACCAAAUAAAGCUAGAAAGAUUUUCUCAAAUAGUUCGAACGUGCAAAUAUUAUCUACGGUGUCACUUGCCUGAUCUAAAGCCCUACCGAAUCCAACUGACAGUAGCGCCGAUCUGCACAUUUUGUCAUCGACGUUGCGCCCAGGCAGAUCAGUUGUUGUCCACGGGAGUAAAGCUGGCUAUGAAUUACUAGCUACUAGGACACCUAUGUAGCUAACGUUAAGCAGCUAAUUAGCCAAUGCUCUAAGAGAAACCAGGGAGUAUUCAGGAGUCUACACCAAGAGCUCUGGAGAAACGGGUGAAAUAGCUAAAUGUCUUUACGCUGAAAAUGGGUGAUGACGUUUGUAAAUAACUAGAACAAGCUGGCCAGAGUAGCUAGCUAGCUUAGUAGUUUGCCAACACAACUGUCAAAGCCAGCUAGAUAGGGAUUUCUUUGCUACCACUAGCUAACGGAUUAUCCAUUGCUAAUGUUAUAGUAAUAACCUUAGUUAAUAGCUAACCCGUGUCAACGCAUAUGCUGAUAGUGAGUUAACUAGCUAGUUGGCUAUUUAGCUAGCUAGCUAUUAUGACAGUCGACACCUUGGUAGCUAGCUAGCUAGCGCCUGGAAAUCGAACGAGGGGGCUCUUCAAUAAGAUAGCUAACUUGUUAACUAACCUAAAUUGACUACGGUCAACCAAUUAUCCAAAUCGAAUAGUUAGCUAGGCGUUAUUGUGGAUAGGUAUUGAUUGCAAACCAAUCGGCACUUGGCUUUCACCACCGGAAAAUGAAGAAGUUCUUCGAUUCACGCCGGGAACUUGCGAGUUCUGGGCCUGGUUCUGGAGCAGGUGGAGGUGGCAUUGGGUCGAGCAGCAGCGUUGGCAGUUUUAUUGGACGGGUUUUCACCAUUGGACGGUAUCAAGUGACCGUUGAUGAAACUGUUGCUGAAGGAGGCUUUGCCAUUGUGUUCCUGGUGCGGACCAACCAGGGGGUGCGCUGUGCUCUGAAGAGGAUGUAUGUCAACAACGAGCACGACCUGCAGGUCUGCGAGCUGGAGAUCCAGAUCAUGAGGGACCUCGUGGGCCACAGGAACAUUGUGGGUUUCCUGGACUCCAGUAUAACUGCAGUGGGAGCAGGAGAUGUCUGGGAGGUCCUCAUCCUCAUGGACUUCUGUCGUGGUGGUCAGGUGGUGAACCUGAUGAACCAGCGUCUGCAGACAGGCUUCACUGAGGCAGAGGUGCUGCAGAUCUUCUGUGACACUUGCGAGGCCGUGGCCUGCCUCCACCAGUGCAAGACGCCAAUCAUCCAUCGAGAUCUCAAGGUGGAGAAUAUCCUGCUCCAUGACCGGGGACACUAUGUGUUGUGUGACUUUGGCAGUGCCACCAACCGCUUCCAGAACCCUCAGACAGAGGGCGUUCCGCUGGUGGAGGAGGAAAUCAAGAAGUACACUACUCUGUCAUACCGAGCCCCAGAGAUGAUCAACCUCUAUAAUGGCACGGUCAUCACUACAAAGGCAGACAUCUGGGCUAUGGGCUGCCUGCUUUAUAAGCUGUGCUACUUCACCCUGCCGUUUGGGGAGAGCCAGGUGGCCAUCUGUGAUGGCAGCUUCACUAUUCCAGAUAACUCCCGCUAUUCCCCGGACAUGCACUGCCUCAUCAGAUACAUGCUGGAGCCUGACCCUGAGAAGAGACCAGAUAUCUACCAAGUGUCCUACUUCUCCUUCAGGCUGGCCGGGAUAGAAUGCCCCAUCCAGAACGUACAUAACUCCCCUAUUCUUACAAAACUCCCCGAACCAAUCAGAGCCAGCGAAGCUGUGGCCAAAAAAAGUCAAUCCAAAGCCAGGCUCACAGACCCCGUCCCCACAAUGGAGACCUCCAUCGCACCCCGUUCACGCCCCAAAGCUGGAGGGACCCAGCCCAUCGGCAUCCUGCCCAUCCAGUCAGCCCUCACCCCACGCAAGAGACCCAACAUGGCUGCAGGAGGGCCCCAGCCCAUAGGUGUUUUAGCUGCCGCACAGCCUGCUGCUGCUGUCCAAUCAGUUCAGCAGGCACUUGCUGCACAGGCCACAUCCCCACUGGCUCAGACCACCUCUUCGCAACCCAUGGCCACGCCCCAGCAUCAGCAGGGUCUCUUCAUGAAGCAGCAGGCAGCCGCCUUUUUCAGCCCACAUCAGCAAGUCAACCAGCAUCAACUGGUGCAGACCCUCUACAAACGGCAGCAGCCUCCCAUGCCAGCCCCCCAGAGCUCUGUGGCUAUGCAGCCCAAAGCUAGUCCUGUUGCUCCUCUGCAGCCACCAGCCGGCCCUGUGCCCCCCUCCCCCCAAACAGCAGCUCCCCCUCAGCCUGCAGCCACAGGACCUGUGGCACCUGAUUCCGACUCUGACUGUGACUCUGAGCCCACGCCUCUGGCAUCUGGCCGUGGGCUCCACAAGGUUGGCUCCCUGACGCCCCCCUCCUCCCCAAAGAUGGGUCCCCGGGGUGGCCACAGGCGCAUACUGAGCGAUGUCACCCACAGUGCUGUGUUUGGGGUCCCAGUCAGCAGGUCCACCCAGCUACUGCAGGCGGCUGCAGCCGAGGCCAGCCUCAACAAGUCCAAGUCAGCCAGCACCACCCCCUCUGGCUCCCCCUGCUCCUCCCAGCAGAGUGUGAACCAGCCAGGUGAGGGCGGUGCCCAGACAGCUCCCUUUGCACCGACUGGCAGCUGGAACCCGUUUGGUGACGACAACUUCUCCAAGCUCACUGCUGAGGAGCUACUCAACAAGGAUUUUACCAAGCUGGUCGAGACUACAACAGGGGAGAGGGCCAGCCUCUCCACAGAGAACCUCAUUCCAGGUCUGCAGCCUGUCUCUGCUGCUGGUGCUACAGGCAAGGCUUUCCCAGCUGAGAGAUCUGCUGACAUCCUGAGUUUGGAUGCAGGCUCAGAGAUGUUGAGUGGCCCGGACCCCUUUAACACACUCUCCCUCUCUGACACUCCAGAGAAGCUGAUUGAGGGACUGAAGUCCCCUGAGACUUGUCUGCUGCUCCCUCACCUUUUGCCCCUGGCUGACCCCUUCAGCAGCUGUGGAGAGGGCAACAGCAAUGCAGCAGCUAAGGCUGAUAUGUAUGUGGACUCUCUGAUCCUGGGUCUGGACACAGCCUCAGCCAGCCUGCCAGACCCUCUAGCUGGGGAGGACACUCUGSUGGGCUGCUCUCUGCUGUCUCACACCUCCACCCCUGGGGCUCAAACUGUCUGUGUACCUCCAUCCUCCUGCUCUUCUGCACCCGCAGGCUCUGCCUCCUGUCUGGAUGAGCUGGCUCCUGUCUCAUUUGGCACUGCCCAAGCACCUGCUGACUCUGCUUACCUCAUUGUCGGGCUUCCAGCCCCGAGGCUGGGGAGAAGGGCACUGAGGACGAGUUUGACCCCAUCCCUGUGCUCAUCAAAAACACCAACAACCAAGGUGGUCACUCGCGCAGCAACAGUGGCAGUUCAGAGUCCAGCAUCCCCAACAUGGCCCGCUCCCUUCUGCUGGUGGAUCAGCUCAUCGACCUCUAGGGGGGUUGGGAGAGCGAGGUCGAAGGGGUAGCGUGCAAUCGUAACACAUAGGGGAUGGAGAGGGGGCAGCAGAGGCACUUCUGUAGCACCUUGCGAGGUGAAAUGGACUAGUGAAAACUUUCUCCGGUGUGCCUCCUUGCCCCCACCUCCAUCUCUUGCUUGCCUGAUACAAUGGUGGCCGUUGGUGUAACAACUUUGCAUUAACCACCCACCCUGACACAUUGUCUGCUUCUGUCUUGGCUGCGCUAUGGUCAUUAUCACGCUUUCAUCAAUCUGUCAACAUUCCUAAUUGUCCUUCCAUGCAGAUUCAACCCCACCUCAUGCACAUACUGCCUGGCUUGCCCAUAACCCGAUUGUCUUUGCUGGGUUCUACAAUGUUUGAUCACUUAUACAAUCCACCCCUGGCAUACCUAUUUGUCACAGGUCUGACCAUGUAACACAACAGUACACUGCUUCUAUCUCUCUUGGUUAUCUGUAUGCACUCUUCCUGUAGCAGCUAUGACCAUGUAUAGUCUAUAGAGCAAAGCAGUUGCCCUUAAGAAAAGCAUAUGCUGACUGAACUAUCCAGAGCUGCUUGCAUUGGGCAUACAGGGGAGACUAAUAAUGACGAUAAGCUGUCAGUCCUUGGUCUUCUGCUGUGUGUUUAACUGUUAUCAAACUGCUGUGAUCCACUGCUGCCCCCUGGGAAUGUUUGGCUGUCUGUUGCAAAUGUUGUAAGAUGUCUGCCAUUGCGCUUGUGCAACGUGCACCAUUACGGUAGACAUCUGAUCUCUACAGGCGUCGCCAGCUACCCCCAAACUGGCGCUGAUAUUCAGGUCUGCUACAACAACCAUCUCCUUUACUGUGCAACCAUGUUUAUCUUGGCUGUGUUUUACGUAAGAGCUACAAUCUGUUUAUCUGAAGGUUUCCUGGGAUUAUUGUUCCUGUGCUGUGAAUUUCCUGUAGUCCUCCUUUAAGAUUAUAUUGAGCUGGUCCAUUUUUUCCCUCCCACUAUGCCCUUAAGUCUAAGAAUUGUCUCGAAAGGUUGAUGCAAUCGUGGUAUUAUUCUAAAUGUGUGUGAUUCAUUUGGAUGCCCUUGUCUUUUGGUUAUGUGUAUUCCAAUAAGAGCUUUUAUUGGGUUUAUUUGGGUUUGUUUGUUUCUAUUCUCAGGCCCAUUGGCAAGGUUAGCAGCUGUAAAUUCAGAGGCUGCGAUAGAAAAGAGUGCCAUAUUGAGCAGGGGAAUAAGACUCGCAGGUACAACAGAACUGUGCAGUGGUUGUUUAAUGAGUCGGUUGAUAUUCACCAGUGAGCCAGCAGAGCGAGAACUAGGUGCAGCUUGGGUUUUGUCUGUCUGCUUGUGUUGCGCUGGUGUAGCCAUACAGUACAGGCAAUCAAUUUCUCUAUUUGUUCCAUGUGCCUCUGUUGCACAUGUUCAUAAUCAUUCAUAUCCACCUCCCUUUUGUCUGAUCUGCCCAUCCAUACCACACACACACACACACACACACACACACACACACACACACACACACACACACACACACACCUUGAUGUUGCUUGCCUAUGAUGUAAUGUCCAACUUAAAUCUGGACAAAUCCAUUCCCCACCAACUCUUAUGUAUAUAAUACCACUGUUUCAAUGUCCUCAUUCUCCCUUUAAAAAUGUACUUUAACUACUACUUUCAAAGUGUUUUAAUAUUWAAAAAAUAUAUAUGUUAUGAAUAAAUGUGACUAUUGAUAGUACUAUAGAAUGAAUGUAUGAAGUGAGUCAAUAUGAAAUAUAUAAAGUUCAUAACAAGUACAUAUACUUGAAUGAAAAAAAUGUAUUUCUGUGUAUUAUUUAUGAAGCUGUAUUUAAGAUUACUACCAUCCUGUCCCUCCAUUUUGUCCACAGUAUUUUUGUCUAUCCUUCUUGGUCUUGUGGAAGACUAUUUUAGCAUAGGGAAGCAACUAGCCCCAUGGUUUUAACUAUCUUAACUUGGUUGUGUUCUGAGGAUAGCUCUGUGCUUGUUACUUACUGUACCUUAUUGGGGUAUUGUCAUCACACAUCAUCCCUGGUUUUGACUUUUUUCUUGAAUUUUGAAUUUUUCUCUGAGCUGUAGUUUAUUUAAUAGCUUGAAGGGAAUAUAUUUCUUCCACCUCAUAGAGCCCUCCCUCUGAAAACAGGGUUUAUGACGGAAGGGUCUUCCUGACAUCUCUGUCCCUUAUUUUCCUCCUUUACUGUUAGCUUAUGUUAUACAUUUAGGGGUUAUCUAGCUUACCUACUUACAGUGCAAUUUGUAUAAUUUGUUGGAAACAGAACCAAAAUUUGUCUUGACUCCUCUUUAUCCUCCUCCCAGCAAGCAUAAUCAGUGGAUGUGAUGCACUACAUUGUACCCAACCUUGAUUGAUCUUCUGAGGCAUAUCAAAAUGAUACAGUAUUUCAGAAACUGAAAUGCAACCCGUAUAAUGCAUGUCAAAAAGUUUUGUUUCCAUACUUGGAAAGUAUACAAAGUAAAAUGAUACAUUUCCGUUGAUGUUACUGCUAGUAUCUUUGAGAUAAACAUUGUUUUACCCCUCCUCACCAAACCAUAUAUUGUACAGUAAGUUUUAGAAAUUGGCCUAUGGAAUCUGAAGUGUAUGGACAGAUAAUCAGUAAAGCUACUCUUGUUUCAUUUUUAUUCAUUUUUCUCUCUGAUCUACUUGUUGUACAGUUCAGUCUUCUGCAGGUUUUAGUGUAGCUAACCUAUGCAAUUCUACAGUAGUGCUCAUAUUGUUCUUAGACACCACAGUGCUGUAUUCAGUAGAGGUCUAGCCUUGCCAGUAGAGUUUUAAAUUGUGUUGCUGUGAAACGGAUGUACCUACUGUGUUUGCUAGGGGAAACGGUGACAAGUAUAAUUUGAUAAAAUGAAAACUGUUGAAAUGAACAAACAGCAAAUGUUAAUAUGUGAAAGCAAAGAGUUAUCUAGUGUGUACCUUCUAUUUUUAUGAAAUAAGAAAAAAAAGAAACCAAAGGGACCUUAAAUAAACAUGUAAACGUGGA